AUGAUAUAUGUAGCUAUGGGUUGGAUUAUUGAAUGUGGGUUGUGUAAUGCUGAAUUAGAGGGGCGAUUUUUGUUCUGGAGAUGGCAUCUGCUCAAGUUUUAUCUAAACCAGCUGUUUCGUCCCGGAAAAAAAAAGGAUUUGGAAGCUGGUAGACGCUUGCUGGAAGAGUUUAAAAAGAAGAGAGGAGCUUCCAAAAAGCAAGCAUCAAGUAUCCAACCUCGUAUAGAUGAUGCUACACCAUCUGAGAAACAGACUUCAGGAAAUGGACAAGCAUUGUCUGACAAUUCUGUCAAUGCUCUUACUGACAGUAGUUCCGAUGCAGUAACUGGAGCUUCUGUUUAUACUGAACACAGUGACAAAUCACAUGUUUUCACUCAAUACAAUGGGUCUGAUUCGGUUCCUCGGGCACACAUUGAUACCCAAAGUGAUAAUUCUAGCUCACUUGAUUUCCUUCAGAAGCUUCCAAAUCAAGUGUUAAACAGUCAUGAGGUUCCAGCUUCAAACUACCAAGCAGGUUCUGACUUCUCACAACAAACAGAUGACAGUGUUGGAAACUUUGGGACCGGUACAGGAAGAGGAAGAUUUGCAGAUACAAUAUCAUCUAGCAGACCUAGUGCUUCUCAAGUUUAUAAUAGUAGUGAUUCUCACUCCAAAUUGUAUGGAUAUGAUAAUGACUUUAGUUCUUCUGCAAGCUUUGCUAACACCAAUGCAAGCACCAAUGAUAUUGCUGCAAAAGACUCUACCGAGGGCCGAGUCACCCAUGUUUUACAUCAGGAAUCUGAUUCUGUACGCUCACGUUUGGAUUUGCCAGAAUCUGCAUCAGAGUUUGGUCAUAGCUUUCUGAAGUCGAAGAAUCAUUUUGGGUUGGAGGAAAGACAACCUAGUAAUGUAGUGGGGAAUUUGGCAGGUUAUGGAAAUCAAUGGCCAUCUGAACCACGUUCGAUAGGUUUCAACUCUAACACCAGCGGUUUAUUUAAUGGUCCCUCGCAUUCAGUUGUGGCUGAACCAUAUCCCAGAAGAUCUCGUCCUUCUUUCCUUGAUUCUCUUAACAUUGUUAAAGAUUCUUCUGCAUCUGGCCGCCCUUUUGUUGAGAAUGAUAAGUUCAUGAAUGCUAAGCUUCCAAGCAGCAAUAUUGCUGAAUCGUCUGCAAUUCAUGAUCCUUCUACAGCAUAUGUUCCUGUUGAACCCCUUCCAACAUCAGUUUAUUCUAGUCCAAGUGAUGGUUUCUUCAGCAAUGCGUCAAAGGGACACAAGUCAUUUGAGCACAGCCUGGAGAGUAAGCUGGAACUCACAACCCAGAAACAAAAUGAAGAUUUUGCUGCAUUGGAGCAGCACAUUGAAGAUUUGACGCAAGAGAAGUUUUCUCUGCAACGUACAUUGGAGGCCUCUAAAACUUUGACAGAGUCAUUAGCUGCUGAGAAUUCUUCUUUGACAGAGAGCUAUAAUCAGCAGGCAAGCAUUGUGAGCCAGUUAAAGGCUGAAAUGGAAAGAUUGCAGGAUGAUAUUAAGUCCCGGCUGGUUGAGCUUGAGGCUAUCAAGUCUGAAUAUGUGAACGCACAACUUGAGUGUAAUGCUGCUGAUGAGCGCGCAAGGCUUCUGGCUUCUGAAGUUAUUAGCUUGGAAGAGAAGGCCCUUAGAUUAAGAUCUAAUGAGCUGAAGUUGGAGAGGGAGUUGGAAAAUUCAAAUGCUGAAGUUGCUUCCUACAAGAAGAAAAUGUCUAGCCUUGACAGAGAACACCGAGAUUUGCUGCAGACUAUUGAUGCCUUACAGGAAGAGAAAAAGCUGCUUCAGUCUAAAUUAAGGACAGCUUCAGCUAGUGGAAUUUCAAUUGAUUCUAGUAAGGGGCAUGAGAAAAAAGAUGCUUCAACUUCUACCAAUGAUUUAGGUGAUACUACAGGAGAUAGCUCUGAACAAGCUUCAUCCAACAUGCAAAUGGUUGACAAUGCAGACAACUUGCUGCUUUUACAUAAUAAUUUAGCUGGUCAUGAUGAUUUUGCUAUGUGUAUCCCUCCAGACCAAGUGCAAAUGAUCCAAAAUAUCAAUUCAUUAAUUAGCGAGAUAAUAUCAGAAAAGGAGGAAUUGAUGCAAGCUUUGAUUACUGAAGUUUCGACAAGUACUAAGCUGAAGGAAUUGAACAAGGAGCUAUCUCAGAAACUCGAAGUUCAGACUCAGAGACUAGAGCUGAUGAUGUCUCAAAGCAUGGCAAGUGAGAAUAUUGCUGCCAAGCAGCCUACUGCUUCUAGUGUUGUACGGGAAACUGUUGCAUAUGCAGAUGAAGGCGAUGAGGUGGUGGAGCGAGUGCUAGGAUGGAUAAUGAAGCUAUUUCCUGGAGGACCGUCAAAGCGAAGAACCAGCAGACUCUAAGUUGAGUAUAAAGCUUGGAUCAUUCGUUGUCCUUACUUCAUAGUCGCAUUUUGAGGGCUAGAGUGUAGAGGAUAAAUAUUGUAUAUCAUGUGUGACAUUUUGUUUAUUCUUUUCAGUUAAGGAAGCAUUUGAAAAUGAGCAAUUUCUUAGAUAAGUAGAUUGUUUGGGAAAUUUUACACAAUUUAUUUGACACAAGACAAUAAUUCCAUUUCUUUGUACUUUAAAUAUCCUAUAAAGGCUAUUUUCUUUUUAUCUGAUGUAUGGUGGAAAAUGUGGUCACCACCAGAUAUACUGAAGGAGAAUUCUAUGAUGCAUGAGCGUUUUUUGAUGGAAGAUGUACACACGUUUUGACUGCCUUA